AUGGCCGGAGAACAACAUAGCGAUCACAGCCGUCCCCUCGUCAACUACAACAUGGACGACGGCCCGCCAUCCCAUGAAGCGGACGUUCGGGACGGUCAUCCAUCCACCCCGUCUCCAGAGCCCCAAAACAACGGAGAUGCCUCUCACGCCCACAAUUUAGGGGCAGAGACAUUUCAUCCCAUUCCCGUUCCCGUUGAAGGAGACGCCGUAAUGAUUGCCAUGGUGAAUGCCCUCAAUCAGGCCGGUUCUAUGCUCCACCAGCAGCACGAACGAAUCGUGGCCCUCGAAGCCGAACGACAAGAGGCCCGGCCCCAGCCGGUGAGUAGGAUACAACAACGUUCGGAGCCAACGAAGAAGCGAGGACGUCGCUCUCCCGAACCCCACGCCAGCAGGGCACGCGCCCGUCGUGACGGUGGUCGAGCGAGAACAUCACCAAGGCGCGGGCACAGCCCCGACAACAACGAACUGUCUCCCUUAAGGAGCGACGAGGAAGAUUUGCAUUGCCCCCUAUCUCGGGCAAUAAUGGAAGCCCCGCUCCCCAAAGGCAUGGAGAAACCGCCAAACCUAGCUGUGUACGACGGGACGACAGAUCCCGACGAUCACGUCGACAACGUCAACGCGAUGCUCGACUACCGCAAUGAUAUAACCGGGCACCUCAAAUGCCGACUGUUCUCAACGACCCUCAGGAAAGGGGCCAUGGCCUGGUACAAAAGCUUGGCCCCUGAGUCCAUUACGUCAUGGAGAGUCAUGAGGUCCAUGUUCACCCGGCACUUUACAGCUUCCCGUCGUCACCCCAAGACUGAGGCGACCCUUGAAGCCAUAGUGCAGAAGAAGAAUGAAACACUGCGCUCAUACAUCGAGCGAUUCAACCAGGAAGCUGUCGAGGUAGAUACCACCGAGCACAUGAAGAAGUAUCUCCUCGAGAGAGGUCUCUUGCCCGGCAGUGAACUUAGCAGGGCCGUAGGGAUCGAGCCUCCCCGCACCUUAAACGAGCUCCUGCAUAAAGCCCAAGCCUACAUCAGAUACGAGGAAAAGCAGGUGGCACACAAUGCCCGCAGCGGACGUAACGCUGGGGAGACCGAGCACUCAAAACGCGAGGACACGAGCAUUUCCCGUCGCAACGGCGACAAACGAAGAGAAGAAAGACCUCGCGAGCUCCGGGAAGGAAGAGGCCCCGCGGGCAGAUAUAGCGAGUACACCUUACUGACGGCUCCUCGAGAGCGCAUCCUCGCAGAAUGUAUCAACUCUGAAUUUAAGCAGGGCAGGGUCAGGUUCCCAAAACCGUCUGCACCAAAACCCCACACCGACAAAUCAAAGUACUGCCGGUUCCACAGAAGUCACGGGCACGUGACCGAAGACUGCGUCCACCUGAAGGAUGCGAUAGAAAUUUUAAUCCAAGAGGGGCACCUGAAGCAGUAUACGAGGAAGAACGAAGCUCCCAGACACGACGAGCCAGAGAAGAAGAGACCCCGGGAAAACACACCACCCGACAACUCUCCCUAUCAAGUGGCCCUCUGCGUGUCACGACCGGAAGAUUUCUUCCUCCCCGAACCAUUGCCCGAGGGCAAGAUCACUGCACUCAGCCCCUGGGAAGACUUCCCUACCACACUGGUGAUAUCAGGAGGAGGAACUAACGGGGAAUCCGCGGCCCUCUCCGUCAAACGUAAGUUCGACGAACUCCUACUGACUGCCCCCGAGCAGAAAGCGACAUUGACAAAAUACCGGGGAAAAUCCAACCCAAUAUCCUUCUUCCUGGAGGAACUCCCGGGCGGAUCCCCGAACUCGGCCAUCCCACUAUUGAUAAGAGCAAAGAGGGCCCGAUUCGACGUACGACGCAUCCUGGUCGACGAAGGGAGCUCAGUGGAUAUCAUGUACGUCCACCUCUUCAAGACUCUGAAGCUAGACAAGACCAACUUAGCCCCCUACGUCGGAUCAGAUCUCCAAGGAUUCAACGGAGCAACAACCAGACCGUGGGGAUAUGUUGAGCUCCUCGUCACCUUCGGCGAACAAGAAACGGCCAGGGAAGUCAAAAUCCAAUUCCUGGUCGUAGACUGUCCGUCUCUCUACAAUUGCAUCUUUGGACGCCCGACACUGGCCGAACUCACUGCGGUCCCAUCCACCGUCCACCUGAAGAUGAAAUACUACACCAAAUUGGGACAUGUGGUCACCAUCCAUGGUGACAUCGAAGCAGCCCGGCGAUGCUACGACGCCGCAGUAAAAGGACAGGCCGUAGUCAGCACGAAGAGCAACUGCAAUAACAAAAAACUCAAGACCGAGGAUCCCGCCCGAGGAGUCAACGCCAUCGACCUCGACUGUCGCAUCGGGCUGGACGAGACCGAAGAGGGGAGGUUCCCCAAGGAACGCUCUCUCGAACACCCGGUCCGACCAAUCCCCGACGGGGAGUUCGAACUCAUUCCUCUUGGGGACGAUCCGGAAAGGACGGUGAAGAUAGGUAAGGGACUACCCGAGGAGACAAGAGAAGAGCUAGUAGCAUGCCUCAAAGAGAACUCCGACCUCUUCGCGUGGAAUGCCGCAGAAAUGCCCGGGCUGGACCCCGAGAUCGCGUGUCAUAAGCUAGCUGUAGACCGGGCAGCCAAGCCCAUAGCACAGCGUAGACGCAAGCAAUCGCCCGAAAAGGCAGAGGCUGCCGAGCGAGCUGUAAAAGACCUCUUAGAGGCAAAUUUUAUUUCUGAAGCCCAGUACACAACCUGGCUCUCUAAUGUAGUCCUCGUUAAGAAAAAUAAUGGAAAAUGGCGUAUGUGUGUUGAUUAUACUGAUCUUAAUAGGGCUUGCCCGAAAGAUGCUUUCCCCCUCCCUAAUAUAGACUCGCUCGUUGACAACUCUGCAGGUUUUAAACUCUUGUCCUUCAUGGACGCAUAUAGUGGAUACAACCAGAUCCCUAUGUCGCCCGCAGACAAGAAACACACAACGUUCAUGACCCCAACGGGCAAUUACUAUUACAACGUGAUGCCGUUCGGGCUCAAGAACGCUGGCGCUACAUACCAACGCAUGAUGAACAAAGUCUUCAAGGACGAAAUAGGGGACAUGCUCGAAGUAUACAUGGACGACAUGAUCGUCAAAUCACACGAAGAGAUAACCCAUGCUCGACACCUUACGAAGGUAUUCGAGCAGGCGAGACAGUGUAAAAUGAGGUUCAACCCCGAGAAAUGCACGUUCGGAGUCCGGGCAGGCAAGUUCCUCGGUUUCUAUCUCACCGAAAGAGGGAUCGAGGCCAACCCCGACAAAUGCCGGGCAUUCUCGGAGUUUCCGACCCCGAAAACCAAAAAAUCGAUCCAGUCGCUCAAUGGAGUGCUCGCCUCACUCUCCCGUUUCAUCGCCAAGUCCGCCCCGCACGCAUUGCCAUUCUUCAGACUCCUUCGCAAAGAGGCUACCUUCGACUGGACCGAUGAAUGUGAGCAAGCGCUACUCCAUCUAAAGAAAGUUCUGUCCCAACCCCCGGUCUUAUCACGGCCAUCAGAAAAGGAAACCCUAUACUUAUACCUAUCCGUGGCGACCGAGGCCGUCAGCGCCGUUCUAAUAAGAGAAACCGACGAAGGACAAAAGCCCAUCUAUUUUACGAGUAAAGCACUCCAAGGUCCCGAGCUCCGAUAUCAGCAAAUCGAAAAGGUCGCCCUGGCCCUCAUCAACACAGCGAGGAGACUACGAUAUUAUUUCCUCGCACACACGAUAAAGGUGAGGACCGACCAGCCAAUCAAACAGCUGCUCGGGCGCCCGGAUAUGGCCGGGAGGAUGCUCAAGUGGUCACUAGAACUCUCCGAAUUCGACAUACAAUACGAAAGUAGGAAAGCCUUGAAAGCUCAGGCGCUGGCCGACUUCGUCGCGGAGAUGACCCACUGCCCGACUCCAGCAGAAAGCGCCCACAAAUGGACGAUCUUCGUCGAUGGCGCCUCUAGCACAUCAGGCAGCGGGGCCGGGAUCAUCCUCGAAAAUGAAGAAGGGAUCCUGAUAGAGGUAUCGUUAGCGCUAGCGUUCCCAACAUCAAACAACCAAGCCGAAUACGAAGCCUUCCUCGCAGGCCUGAGGUUAGCCGAGGACCUGGGAGCAAAAGAGGUAAAAAUAUCCACCGACUCCCAGCUCGUGGCCUCACAAGUGCGAGGAGAAUACCAAACCAAGAACGACAACCUCCUCGGGUACUUGUCCCUCGUCAAAGAAAAACUUGAUAGAUUUGAAAAAUGGGAAGUUCAACACAUACCCCGCGAACACAACACACGGGCAGACGUUCUCUCGAAACUAGCCAGCACGAGGAAAAAGGGUGGGAAUAAAUCAGUAAUCCAAGAAAUUCUCCCGCGGCCCAGCAUCGACAAACUACCGCCCCCACUCGAGGUCAACGCUAUUGGAGAUGCCCACUGUUGGAUGACACCCAUCUACAAUUACCUCACACGAGACGAACUCCCGGCUGACCCGAAAGAGGCGACCACUGUCAAACGACGCGCAUGCUCACUCGGUGAGGCAAAGAGGGCAUGGGUCGAGGAGCUACAUAGCGUGCUAUGGGCCUACCGCACGACACCACAUUCUACCACCGGGGAAACCCCGUUCCGACUAACUUACGGCACCGAAGCAGUCAUCCCGGUGGAGAUACGGGCGCCAACGAGGAGGACGGAGGAGCCCCUAGACGAGGAAAUGAACGAUGAAACCCUUAGAGCCGAGCUCGACCUAGUCGAGGAGAUACGCUCCGAAGCAGCUCUCAGGGAAACGACCCUCAAACAAAAAAUAGCACUACGCCAUGACGCGAAAGUCAUAAAAAGAGAGUUCCAGGUCGGCACCCUGGUCCUCAGAAGAAACCAGAAAAACCCGAGAGAGGGCAAACUGGCGGCCAACUGGGAAGGUCCUUACCGCGUCCGCGACAAAACGAGCAACGGGGCCUAUUACCUAGAAAACCUACAAGGAGAACAACUCGCUCGACCAUGGAACGCAGAAAAACUUAGACAGUAUUACAACUAA